UGGCGGUUGAUGGGGCCAGAAAGGUUCCUUUCAGCCUCCAGAGGGCAGGAUGUAGAGUUCUCCUGCGUCCUCUCCCCCGAGACAAGUGCAGAGCACAUGGAAGUGAGGUUCUUCAAGAAUCAGUUCGAUGUGGUGGUCCAUCUCUACAGAGAUGGGAAAGAUCAACAAGCUACGCUGCCAGAAUAUCAGGGGAGAACCACGUUUGUGAAGGAUUCCCUUGCCAAAGGUCAUGCCACCCUGAAGCUGGCCAAAGUGAUCCCCUCAGACACUGGCCUGUACGGGUGCUGGUUCAACUCCCCGACUUGCAGCCAGGAAACCAUCUGGGAGCUGCAGGUGACAGAAGUGGGUACCUCUCCUCUCAUUUCCAUGCUGGAAUUCGUCGGUGAAGACAUCCAGCUGACCUGCCACACCUCGGGAUGGUUCCCUCAGCCCAUAGUCAAUUGGAAAAGUCCACAGGGGCCUCCCUUUCCAUCUGAAUCCGAGACCAAGAAAAGCCAACAUGACCUGUUUGAUGUGGAGACCUCCCUCACCGUUCAAAAGAGUUCUGGGAGUAUAGCAUGCUCAGUUCAGCACCCUGGCCUGAGCGAAGAGUUAGAAUCCACCGUGUGGAUAAGAGAGGCGAUUUUCCAGCCCUCACCCUGGAAUACGGUUUCUAUUUCACUAAGUGCCUUCUGCUGUGUCAUAUAUUUUGCUAUCAUUUCAAUGAAGAUUUCCUUCACCAAAAUCCAGGGGAAGGAGCAGGCAGAAUUGGCAAAGCUUAAGGAAAUCUUAGACAAGGAAGAGAAAGUCGGACACGCAGAAUGGAGAACAGCCCGGAAACAUGCAGUGGAGGUGACCCUGGACCCGGAAUCAGCUCACCCUGAGCUCUACAUUCAAGAUCUAAGAUCUGUAUACUGCAAGGAUGUUGCCCAGGCAGUGGAGUUCUCAGAGAAGAGAUUCACGAGGAAGUGCGUGGUCACUUCUCAGGGUUUCUCGGAAGGGAAGCAUUACUGGGAGGUAGACGUGGGCUACAACAAGCGCUGGUAUCUGGGGGUCUGCCGGGACGAUGUGGACAGGAAAGAGAAACAUGUGACCUUGUCUCCUGACAAUGGGUACUGGCUCCUUGGCCUAUGGGGAAACAAGCAAUAUUUCACAAUCAACCCCCAGACAGUGAAUCUCUUCCCCCAAACCCCCCCUCGGAGAGUGGGGAUCUUUCUGGAUCUGGAGGAUGGGGCCAUCUCCUUCUUCAAUAUAAAUGAUGGGUCUCGGAUUCUUACUUUGGACAUUAAGUCCCAAGGCUUACUGAGGCCCUACAUCCAGCUUCAGAUGUUCGGGAAGGAAUGGCAACAUCCCAUCUUCAUCUGCCCAGUGUCCUAAGAGAAGCAGGGCUUCUUCCCAAAGUUUGCUCAUUCUUCUUCUCCUGGGGUGAUCAUUAUUGGUAAUCCCAUCACUCACUCACUGAAGCUAUUGCCUUUCUUGUUUUCUACUGGCCUGAGAACCCUACAGAAGCUAAUAGUAAUUGCUUCUAGAUGAGGAGACAGCAUCUCCGCCACAUGGAGUUGGGGUUCACAGCUGCUCUGAGGCGAAGAAGGAAGAAGAUGGCUAUGUAUUUCGUUUGUGGAAAGUUUAUCCAGUUAAGAGACUUUCAGCCAGUCACAGUUUUCAGAUCCUCAUCUGUCAGUUGAAGGAUGAUGAUUCCUAUGUCAGGAGACACAGAAA